AUGGAAAAGCCUCAAUUGGAAGCUCGCGUCCAGUUGUUGGAGCAGCAAAAGCAACAAUUGGAAAAGCAAUUGCAAGAAGCGGUGUCAAAACUCAAGAAUCCAGAUGCCAAGUACACGGUUCAAAGGCAUAUUGAUUUGCUGCACACGUACAAUGAAAUCCGAGAUGUAGCUCUUGGAAUGAUUGGAAAGGUUGCUGAACAAGAAAAAUGUACAAGUGUGGAGUUGUUUCAAAGAUUUGGCGUUGAUUCUUCCGAGUAA